AUGAAGCUAAAUACGGAUGGGGCCUCUCGUGGUAAUCCGGGGUUGGCAACAGCAGGAGGUGUGAUACGUGACGGUGACGGACAAUGGCAUGGAGGAUUCUCGUUGAAUAUUGGACGUUGCACAGCACCAAUGGCGGAACUGUGGGGCGUUUACUACGGUCUUUGCAUUGCGUGGGAGAAGGGGGUCUCGAGACUGGAAGUCGAGGUGGACUCUUCACUGGUGGUAGGUUUUCUUCAGACAGGAUCUGUGACACACACCCACUGUCUUUCCUGGUGCAUCUGUGCCAUGGCUUCUUAUCAAAGGACUGGGAGGUCCGGGUUACUCACGUGUAUAGGGAGGCCAAUCGUCUAG